UUAUAAUUUGGUCAUAUAUAUAACCAUUCAAAUUCCUGUUUGUUCGCUUAUCUUCUGUGACUUCGAAAAUUUCAACACAAUUUGCAAAACUUUUAAUCAUGUCUUAACCAAAGCCAAAUGCCCUUCCCAUUUCUCAGGUUUUGACCAUUAAUGGUCAAUAUUGAUACGUAAAGAGAAGUGGAAAUGGCAUAUAAGGUGGAUCAUGAAUAUGAUUACUUAUUCAAGAUUGUUUUGAUUGGAGAUUCAGGUGUUGGAAAAUCUAACAUACUUUCUAGGUUUACUCGAAAUGAAUUUUGUUUGGAGUCUAAGUCCACUAUUGGCGUCGAAUUUGCAACAAGGACCCUUCAGGUAGAGGGCAAGACGGUAAAGGCACAAAUAUGGGACACUGCUGGUCAAGAAAGGUACAGGGCAAUAACGAGUGCUUAUUACAGAGGAGCUGUUGGUGCACUUUUAGUCUAUGACAUAACAAAAAGACAAACAUUCGAAAACGUGACACGUUGGCUCAGCGAGCUAAGGGACCACGCGGAUUCCAACAUUGUCAUAAUGUUGGCUGGAAAUAAGUCGGAUUUGAACCACCUUCGAGCCAUCUCCGAGCAGGAUGCUCGGGGACUGGCUGAGAAAGAAGGGCUCUCGUUCCUCGAGACGUCUGCUCUUGAGGCAUACAAUGUCGAAAAGGCGUUCCAGACGAUUUUAUUGGACAUUUAUCAGAUCAUAAGCAGGAAAGCUCUGGCUGCUCAAGAAGCAGCUGCUAUUCCUGGUCAAGGCACUGCUAUUAAUGUUGGAGAGCAUUCUGGUAAUAAUAACAGGAGACCAUGUUGUUCUAAUUGAAAUGGUGAAAAAAUGUUGUGAAAUUUUAUGCCAGAAUAUAAGAUUUUUGGUUUGUCAGAGUUUAUAAUGGAAAAUGAUAGAUACUGUAGAUUACUUAAAAUGUUGUAAUCUAAUACAAGUUGAGGUGAGAAUAUUGUAAUACUUUUAAUUUCUUGGCAUUCUUAUUACUUUGUUGAAAGAAAUAUGAAUUUUGCAUGAUGUGAAAUUCUUGUAUUUGAAAGAUACUAUUUAUUUAUGUUUUUUUUCCACCCUGUGUCCGGUACCCGCAUUGGAGCCCGACUAAUCCAGAUACACUCUGUGUAGAGCCCAUUCUAGGGAAGCGCUCCUUAUCAAGGAUUUUUCCAUACUCAGAGCUCGAACCCGAGACAUCUGGUUUAGAGAGGAGCAGCCCCAUCCG